AUGGACAAAGCCAAAGAAAUCGAAGCGGCUUCUUCACCGAAUUCUCGCAAGACCUCGAGAAAUGAAAGCAGAAAAGUAUCACUCUCGGAAGAUUCGCAACAAGCCGCACGUUUGAAUAGAUUGCUGUCUGACAUUCAAGAAAUGGACACGAUUCAUAGUCAGCAGUCGGCUCGUCGAUCAUCUGAUGCUGCCGAUAACGAUCAAGAUCGGAAACCUGCGGGUUUAUCACCGAAGACUAGCACUGAAUCAUCAGGCGAGAGUUCUCCUUCCGCAUCCAUAUCGAGAUCGCGGUUCAAAUGCACCAAGGUUGAGGAACCGAAGAUCAUCUUCCCUGAGAAUGUUUCUGUGCCAUAUACUGGUCUGGUGUCGGUUGGUGAUUCGCGCGGUACAAGCCGCAGGUCGUCGGUAUCGGGAAGUGUUGCACGAAUUUACGCUGGUGCUGAUGAACCAGAAGAAGACGACAGUGAGCGGGAAAGAAAUGCUAUUUAUCAGCAAAUCGGGCAGACAAAUUUCUUCACUUACUCUCUGAGCGCUCUGAAUUUGUUGCCAAAGAAUAGGCCUGGCUUACCAGUGCUCAAGCUAAAUUUCUCUGACAUUUGGUCCGAAUUCUUCUCUGUUCACUUGCCAAUUUGGGCAUGUGUAGCAGCUUUCUACAUAGUGCUAUUGGAGCUGUUUGGCGUGCACUUCGCGUACUACUUCUACUACCAUGAGGAAGCGAUGGUUUAUUCGGCAUUAACAUUCUCGAUCAUCUUUGGAUUGUUUCAUGAAUUCUACGGUGGAUGGUUCACGAACGAUAUAUUGGCUUUCUCGUCGAUCUACAUUGUGUGCUCGCGAGUUCAGGCUGUCAGUUAUCAAGCAGCCUGUAUUCUUCUAGUAGGAAUGGCUAUCUUCGACGUUUUCUGGCUCUAUGUUGUUGACUUGAUAACUUUUGUUGUACAAGAAAGCCGUGCACCAUUAUUCAUAAUGCUUCCUAGAGAUCAUCGAGGUAAUAAGCAGAGUCUCGCAGCAAUAGAUAUAAUUGUACCAGGGAUCUUCUUGAACGUCAUUCAAAAAUAUAGCUCGAUGUUUGAUCCAGGCUUGUUCACAGCUACUUACGCAGCUAUCUUCGGUGCGCUGACAGUGACAGUGAUUUUCUCAGUCUGGAGGCGUAAAAUUAUCCCUUCACUUGCGCUACCAGCACUAGUGGCCAUAGUGGUGUCAAUGGCCCUCUGUACACAUCGUAAUGAUCUGUGGCGAUUCAUGAUUAAAUACAAGAGGACGAUGCCUCCGAAACGAAUGUAA